AAGGGGACCUCGGACCGGGCAGCGCAGCUGGAGCAGCCAAGCGGUGCCAGGCAAGGUGGGUACAUCCGUGGUCCUUCCGUGCUCGCGCCAGAGACCAGCCCCGGAGGCCGCCCGGGCCCGUCCCUGUGUCCGGCACCAUGAAGCAGGAGUCUGCAGCCCAGAACACCCCGCCCGCCUCACCGCCCCCCUCGCAGCUCCCCCAGGACGACUGCGACCCCCAAGCGUUGUGGAUUUUCGGGUACGGCUCCCUGGUGUGGAGGCCCGACUUCGCCUACAGCGACAGCCGUGUGGGCUUCGUGCGUGGCUACAGCCGCCGCUUCUGGCAGGGAGACACCUUCCAUCGGGGCAGCGACAAGAUGCCUGGUCGUGUGGUGACCCUCCUUGAAGAUCGUGAGGGCUGCACUUGGGGUGUGGCGUACCAGGUGCAAGGUGAGCAGGUGAAUGAGGCCCUGAAGUACCUGAAUGUGCGGGAGGCAGUGCUUGGCAGCUAUGAUACCAAGGAGGUCACCUUCUACCCUCAAGAUACCCCUGACCAACCACUCAAGGCAUUGGCCUACGUGGCCACCCCGCAGAACCCUGGUUACCUGGGCCCUGCGCCUGAGGAGGCCAUCGCUACGCAGAUCCUGGCCUGCCGAGGCUUCUCUGGCCACAACCUUGAGUACUUGCUGCGCCUGGCAGACUUCAUGCAGCUCUGUGGGCCCCAGGCACAGGACGAGCACCUAGCAGCCAUCGUGGAUGCUGUAGGCACCAUGCUGCCCUGCUUCUGCCCCACUGAGCAGGCUUUGGCACUGGUCUGAGGGGCUGAGCCCCUACACGGACACAGGGGCCAGGUCCCCACUCCAGUGCACACAGACAGACUUGAUAUAGCUGGAGCCCACUGAGAAGACUUGGUGGGCAGACAGGGGCCUCUCUUAAGCCCCUGCCUGUCCGCCAGCCCCCAGAUCUCCUACCUGACACUGACUUACUACUUGAAAGUUUAUUUAUUGCACCAUGUUGGUGUGGUGGGCAGGGUGGGGGGCCUGCCCCAGAUAUAGGGGACCUGCUGAGCGGUGCCCCACCCCAGGCGCCUGACCAGAUUCCCCCCAGUGCUGCUACUAUCCCCAUACUACCCAGGCCUCCACCUCCCCAGGGAGCCUCCAAGAGCCUUGACCCUCUGCCCCCGACUCCAGACCAACCAUUCCCUAGCCCCAGAAACAACACCCGCCAAAGGUCCCAGCUUGCUGGUGAGGGUAGGAGGGAGUGAGGAGAGGGGGCCCUACAAGAACUGAGGCCCCUGCCAGCCCUGCUCAUGCCCCAGGUCCCCAGGGCAGAGCUGGAUCUGGAGGCCAGACACAGCUGCUGAGGCUGGGCCUAGGCCUCUUACCUAUUUGGCUUUGUUUCCCUGUCCUUCUGUCUGUCUGUCUGGGCCACUCCUGUCUGUCUGUCGGUCUAUUUCUGGGGAGCUCAUUGGUAUAGGCCCUGGCACCUUCCCAGUCUGUCCCAUACUAUAAUCCAUAAACUGAUCUCAUUAUCGGUGCUGUGCUGGAAUGUGGUUCUUUCUUCAGAUGGGGGUUUGGGGUGAGUGAGGUGCUGAAGCCCUGGAAGGUUCAUAAGAGGGGAAAGGGCUCCCUCUUCAUCCCCAGGCCUCUGUCCCAGAGAGGGGGCGGCUGAGCAGGCAGGACUACCAGGUUACAUCGCUCCUGUGAUCACGAUUCAUGUCUUAGUGCACACAAAGAAUGCCCCCGCUGAGGCAUGCAAAUUCAGCCUGGGCAGCUCUACUUGGCAGCCCUAUGAGGAGUCCUUGCCACCGACUUGGUACCCUGUGUCUCCUCCCAGCUGCCUUGAAGGGGCUGCCGGGCUUGCAGUUCAGACCAAGUCUUCCUCCAGUUGCAGGGUCAGCAGCUGCCUCUUCCUGACAGUGAGGCUAGACCUCUGGUUUCCUGCUAAAGGAGCCAUGUGUGUUAAUGGAGCUUAAAGGGUAAGGUGAUGAUAACUUGUGAGACCAUGCUGACAGUGCAGGCCUAGAGGACCUGGUGGCCCUUUGACUUCUGAGGUGCAGGUGCUCAUUCUUGCCUCCUGGGCCUGUGGUGUGGGCUGUGCCUUCUCCAUUACCCUGACCCACCAGGACUCAAGCCCAUGAUGGGAUGAGUUGCCGGGCACCCUCUGGAUUGCUGCUUGUUCACCAUCUGCCUGCCCCUGGCUACUCUUCCCUCACCCUGGCCCUCCAGGUGCAAAGCCCAGCCCCCAAGGUCUCAGUCUGGCCCUGGGCUCCUCAACUGGGAGUGGCCCCUCAGUGGAUUCAACCUUCACUCCUGGACCUGCAGAAUGGGUGCAGGGCCCAGACAAGGCUUUUGCAGCAGUAGAGCCUGGCUCCAAUCCAGCCCACCCCUCACUUGCUCAGUGACCUCCAGAAAAGUAUUCAGCCUCUGAGACUCAGUUUACACUGGGAUGCUGUGUGGUGUGUGUUGCUGCCCUUCUUGUUGUGGCUGGUGCCCUGGUUUGGUCUGGGUGUCCCCAGCAGGGUCAGCUCCGACCAAGCUGGAUGGCCCUUGUGCCUGGGGAGGGUGCCCAUGUGUUGGCAGCCUCAUGUCUUGGCCAUUGAUGGGAAAAGUAUGGAGUCCAAACAGGUUCUUCUGGGAGCUCGGUCAGGACAACACAUCCGGAGGAGGCAGCGGGUGGCAGGGAGCCCUGGACCUGCCUCCUAUGCCAGGGUAGGGCCAGACAGCCAGUCUGGGUGCUCAGCAGAGCCAUGCUCUAUAUGAAUGGUGCUGGGGGUUUGGAAGGUUGCUUGCCAGCUGCACAUGGGCUCGCAUACUUCAAGCCAUUCAUUCAGCAGGUAUUUACUAAGCUGCUGCUACAUGCCAGGCACUGAUCUAGGCAGUGGGGAUAGAGCAGAGAAGAAAUCCUCCUCCUCAAGGAACUUUGAAUCGUGACCAUUCAGCAUGAAAAGUGUCAUGGUGGGAAUAGGGCACUCAGCUUAGAAAGGGCUCUUGACCCUGAGGUGUUGAGGGAGGUCAGGGUAGCUUUCCAGGGGAGGGAAUGAUGGGGCUGAGAGGGGGUCUCUAGUGAACAGAGGCACGGAACAACUUGUACCAGAGGGGGGUGCAAGGUCAGACCAGCUGGGACAGAGUGGCAUGGGGCAGGGGACAUGGGGCGGGACAGGUGGCAGGACCUCAUCCUGCUGGGCUGCUCUGGUGAGCUGUGCUGUGGAGGAGGCAUUCCUCCUGGGUCGCUGGGGGCCCCUGUGGAUUCUGAGUGGGGAAGAGACUGCUUAAAAAGGAAUACUGGCUGCUGUGUCAGAUUUGAGGAGGAAGGUCAAAGGCCAGGGAGAGGGAAGGUGGCCUGAGCUGAGGGGUGCAGUGGGAAUGGACAGGAGGAUGGAUGUGAGAGCAGUUUAGGGAGUGAGGUCGGCAGGAUUGGUUGUGGCUGGUUGAUGAGGAGAGUGAGGAAGAGGGUAGAGGGCCAGGGUUCCUGGUGCAGAGGCAGAGUUGGAAAGGGUACGGGUGGAGAUCUGCCCUGUGUGAGAGUGUUUGCCCUGUGGGGGCCUGUGGGGCAGUGGCAUCCACAUGGAUGUUCAGGAGCAGCUGGAUAUGUGGGUCUGGGACUCAGGAGAGUACUACGGGCUGGAGUUAGAGGUUUGGGAGCCACACCCAUCAAGACGAUCCUCAAAGCCCUGGGAGUGGAGAGAAAAGAGAACGAGGCCCAGUCUAACCCUGAGGCCCCCCCAGCCCUGGUGGGGUGAGCGAAGCAGGAAGAGUUGGGAACAAGCAGCUGGAGAGGCAGGAAGAGAAACAGGAGAGCGUGGUUUUUUGAGAGCCAGGGUCACGCUGCUGAGAUGCUAAGGAAGAUGACACAGGAGUGUCCACUGGAUGAAAUGCCAGGCAGUCCUCAGUGGUCUCAGUGAGAGCAGUUUCAGGAUCAGUGGUGGGAAACCACAGGGUAGGGCUGAGAAGCUAGUGGGAGGGAAGUAGCUCUCAAGAAAGUUGGCUGCUAAGAGGAGAGAGAAGCAAAGGGGUAACUGAAGGUGUGGGGAGGGCAUAGGAGCCUCAGGACCCCAAGAGCUUUUGUUGAUGUGUGAUAUAGCUAUUGACAACAGUUAGUGUAUUAGGAAUUGAGAAGUUUUAAACGUAUUUAUCAAUUAAAUUUAAAAAAAUCCAUUAUAUGUUAACAUAUUUCAAAGGAAAAAUGAUUCUAUUUUCCAGAACAAAUUUAGUGAAAGGAGUGGCAUUGUUUUAUAUUUUUAAUGCCUGACUUUAAUAGAAGCAGUUGGAUUCUCAGCUGUUUCUGCAUUCCUUCUGUUGCAAAUUCAUAUAUAGUUCUGGAAAACUCCAUUGUACACUUGGAGUCCAUUCUUGGAGGAAGUGUUAGACUUUAUCUUGUAGGGAAGUUGAGUUCUGUGGUGAUGUUUUUAUUUUUUCAUGUGUUUUUCCUCCCACAGAAGGGUCUUUGUUUGUUUUUGUUCUUUUUGUUUUGUCUGCUUGUCAAGCAGACAAGUGUUGUGUUCAGAUCUGGGCUUAAGGAGGCUUGUGCUGGUGGCAGGGGAAAGCCGCAGAUGGGCAGGUGCUGGGGAGGCAUGAACUAACAGCAGGAGCAGGGAAUGUGGGGACAUCACCUGGCAGCCAGUUGAAAAAUGGGGGACAGGCAGGAGGGAGCAGACUGGGGAACCCCAGGGUUUUGCCGAGAGGGGGCAUAAACAGUUCAGGGCAUGUGGGCAAACAUCACUCCGGCCUCUGAGCACCUUUCUAGGGCUGACAGGCUCUUAGGGGUUCUCCAGGUUGCCCCCCACUGGGUUCCAGGAAGGACCACGUUCCUCUGAGGGCUGUCGUUCCCCUGAAGACAGUGGUGGCAGAGAACCAAAGGCUGUGGGGAGAUGGACCUCAAAAGGGGGAGACCCUGUCUUUCCCCAGGCCUGGCUCUGAGGAGGGUCAGGGUGCUCCAGGGCCAGGUUGGGGGGUCCUGUCACAAGGAGCGUGUCCCUGAGGGCCAGAGUCAAAGCAGGAGGGCCAGCCUCCUGCCCCACAGCUAGGAUGACCAUAUAUCCCAGUGUGCCCAGGACGGGCCUGGUUUACUCCUGUUGUCCUGAGGUAAUUAUUACUUUCACUCUCAAAAGCCUCGAGGUUUGGAGUGUUUAAAUGGCAUGGUGUCUGUGGAAACUGGGAUGGAGCAGGAUUGUUUUUUUUUUGGGCUGUGCCAUGCGUCAUGCAGGGUCUCAGUUACCCGACCAGGGAUCGAACCCCACCCCUGACCCCUGCGGUAGAAGCAUGGAGUCUUUACCACUGGACUGCCAGGGAAGUCCCCAAGCAGGAUUGCUUUAUCUGGCGCCUGUCAGAAGAGGCUGACCAAAGCCCCUGACCACACCUGCUCUCUGUCCUCCUUGCACUGUUCCUGGACCCUCAACCCCUGCCCAGGGGCCCGUGGAGGCCGCUCUCCUCUGCCCUUCCCGGGUGCCCUUGGAGAGUCCCGCCAGGCCUGCCCUUCCCGGUUCAGGCCCGUCAGGGGCAUUGCCCUGGGCCGUGAGGGAGAGCAGACACACCCUGAAGGCUCCGACACCGCGCCGCUCUCCUGUCACCGGCCCAACCCCUCCAAGAAGGAGAGGGCACCGCACGCGUCCGCGCCCUCCUCCUGCUGUGCCCACCCCUCCCGCUUCAUCCGGGGACCCUGCCCCGCAGGCGCCCCUCCGGCUCGGCGGUUCCCCGGUCCUUCCCGACCCCCAGGAAGGUAGAGCCCGGGGUGAGCGCUCCCCUCACCAAACCUUAAACGUGGGCCCAGUCUCCUUCCUCAAACCUUCAGGUGUUCCAUUGUCUUACCGGACCUUGGGGCUCCCUGUCCCGUUGUACCUCCCCGUCCCUAAUGCUCACCCUCUUUCCCUGGAUGACAGUCAUGCCCUCAAAAGUGAUCCGCCUUCCCCAGUUUGGUGCCCUCCUGGAUAUUUAUUUCCUACAAAAUGUAAAAUGCAACUCUGGCCCGGUGCCUGCUCUCCCCUCCCGCCUCAGCCUCGCGCUCCCCCCGCCACGCCCCUCCAUCCCGCCGCCUGCCUGCUGCCUCCUCCCACCUCGGGCUACUUUUGGUCACCAAGGCUUUGCUCCUACUCUUUUCCCCCUGCUAACCACUUUGCCCAACCCUCUCACAUCCUUCCGAACUCAGCGCCGGCCUUGUGCCUGCAGAAGCUGCUGUGGACCUGGGCUGGGGCUGGCUGGUGCCCCACCUCGUGCCCAUGCCCCCGCCCCCCUACUCCCGUUUUGAGCCCAGCACGUUGUAUUGACGUGAUCUGCUUGCAGAUCUGUCCCCACUAGGCUCAGCACGCCCCCCUUUCCCCCAGGGCAGGAACUGAAUGUCGCCCAGCUCAUAGCCCAGCUCUGGGGCCCCACGGGAACUCGGGGGACCUAUGGGGAACCGGGUUUAAUGAGACACCCCUUCUGAACGCAAUGUCACGCUUCCCCUUGGAGGAAAAGGACCCCGUGAAAACCUGUCACCACCAAGGGAGAGUGCCAAGCCACCUCCUCGGGCUAAUAUUCAAAGUGAGUGUUUCUGUGCACAGCCCAGGAAUGUGGGACUGGGAGCCACCGGGGAGAGGGCAGACCCAGCACGCGCCUGACUGGGGCAGUACUGACCCACCCUGGGCUGCCCCCUCUCAGCCCCUCUGUUGGUCUGAGAGAGGUCAGGCCCUAAACACACACCAGAGGAAGGGCCGCCCUUUGGCAGGCAUGUCAGGGGCAGGGUUGGUGCCCUCACUAGUCCUCCCUGCUCUGGGCACUAAGCUGGAGGGCUGUUCGUGCCUGUUGCAUGGGGUGGUGCUUCCUGUCCCCACGGGAGGGAAGCCAGACCCUCCUGGGAACAACCUGAGGGUGCUGGUGACUGGGGGAAGAAGGGGACAGUAAUGUACCCACCUGCGGCUUCCCCCCUGAUGCAGUCAAAGACUCCUGCCAGGCACAGCCCCUCCUGGGGCUGUCAUGUCCACGCCAGGUCAGGAGGGUGGCUCUGGCUGGGAGGAUGCUGAGUCCGUGGUGGUGAAAGCUGCUCACGUGGGGUACCCAAGUCAUCCAUCCGCAGGAGUAGGUCCUCACCCAUGGAGGUUUCCAUAGGAAGGGAGACCAAGUUCCUGCUCACAGGCUACUUGUAUGGACCUGACAAAAGCCUGCAAAAUGCCUGCAACGUGCAGGGUGACUUCUUGCUUUGUCUUGCACCCUCCAUUCCCCCACCCUGAAAGCCUCUUCCCUGCCAGCUCUGGCCUGGCUAAUUCAUCACUCAGACUUCAGCGCUCAGUUGAGAUGUCCCUCCUCUGGGAAGCCUUCCCUGAACCUUCUCUACCCGACCACCAAGGCCUGGCUUUGGGGCCCUGCUACUCAUCUCUGACAUCUCUGCUUUUUAUCUUGCAGAUCUGAUGGCACUGUGUUCCUUGUUGGCCUCCCCAGUGGACUGUGGGCCCUUGAGGUGCUUCCCAGAGCCUUCACACAGUAGGUGCUCACAUUGUGUUUGUUGAACGAAAGCCCACACACUCAGCAAGAAGCAGGCACUGGCGAGGGGAGGAUGGGGACGGCGGAGGGCAUUCUGUGUUCUCUCCUUACAAAAGGGACUAUGCAACAGAGGUGGGUGGGGCUGGGGGUGUGCAGGGGAGGGGAAGAGGCAGACCUACCAUGACUACCCCCACCCCAAAUCUGCCAGGGCUUCAUACCCUGAUCAGGACAUUGAACUGCUGUUCAGAUGCAAAGAACGAGCACUGGGCUGGGAUCCAGAGGUUCCAGUCCUGUUUUAAGCCUGUGUCUUAGACAAGGCACUUUUCUUCUCUCUGGGCCUCCGUCUCCUCAAAUGUGAAAUGAAGAGCUGCACCAGAAACCUGCUCCCAUCCAGUUCCAGUGGCUCCUUUUUUUUCAGGAGGGACAUGAGCUUGAGGUUGGAGGGACUGAGCUCAAGAACCAGGGCUCUAUGUACCCUGUGAGUCCUUGGCCAGGUUAUUUAAUAUCUCUGAGCUGUAAUUUCUUCAUCUUUAAAGCAGGAAUGAUAAUCAUAACUAUCUCUUAGAUUCUUGGGAUUAGAUGUGCUAUCAGGUGAAAGACCCUUAUAUACUUUAUUUAUUUUAAAAUAUUUAUUUAUUUAUUUAGUUUGGUUGUGCCAGGUCUUAGUUGCAGCAUGUGGACCCUUAGUUGCGGCAUGUGGACUCUUAGUUGUGGCAUGUGGACUCUUAGUUGCGGCAUGCAUGCGGGAUCUAGUUCCCCAACCAGGGAUCGAACCCAGGCCCCCUGCAUUGGCGGCACGGAGUAUUACCCACUGGAUCACCAGGGAAGUCCCUAUGUACUUUAAAGCACUAUGUGAAUGUUGGUCAUUGUUUAACACUAUUAUUUUUCACCAGCACCUAAUUAGUUACUGGAUUAUCUCUAACCUCACUAGAGUGUAAGCUCCACGAGGGUCAGAGCCAGCACCUCCCUGUUCAUUGCUGUGUCUUUGGUGCCCAGCACUGAGGCUGGCUUAUCUCAGGCCCUCAAAAAAUAUUUGCUGGCCAAAUAAAUGGAUAAAUGAAGUUGGCUGAAUGACUGUAUGAAUGAACUCUAUUCACUUAGCAGAGCACUGAGGGCAAAUCAGGUUCAUGGGUAGAGGGAGAAAGGGAAAAGGGGGUAGAAGCAGAGGAGGAAGGGGGUGCUCCCUGCGCUACCCCACUCUGCUGUGUUGGGGAGGGUGGGUGAAGAAAGGCAGGAGGGGAAAUGACAGAAAAAAGGGGCCAUGAGAACAAGGCCACACAAUUCUGCUGGGUGCCUUGCAGGUGGCCUCUCCAGAUGAGCCCUCUCUCUGGUCAAUGCCCACCUCCACCUCUCACAGCUCCUGCCCUGCCAGCAAGUGGGGAAAGGGAGGAGAAAGGAGGACUGACUGAAAGCCAGGCCAUUGUGGUUUGUUUACCAAUAGCACAGUCCUCCUGGGUCAUGAUACAGCUAGCAGCAUCUGACCCAGCUAAAUAUAUCUCCUCUGCUGGCCUGGACCACACAGCCAGCUCCUGAAGGCCAGGGACCACCCGCUCUUCCCUCUGGCUUGGGCCCUGGGCCUCCUCCUGACCUUUGAGCUCUGUGUCCCGAGGGAGCCAAUGGCUAAUCAGGUCCCAAACCAAAUGCAAUUGCUGGCUGAACCCAGGAGGGCAGUUUCAUUUGGACAGACUCAGAGGACUUAGGGGGAGAAAAUCCAAAAUUUCCAGCAAUAAGACAACCAAAUGGCCCAUCUACCUUCCAUGGCAUAUUUGAGUAAUUAUGAAUGUUUAGGAAGAAUAUUUAUUAAUGUUCAGAAAACAUUUUACUCUUUUUAUAGUAUUCCUUAACAUUAGUGUGUAAGUGAAAAAAAAAGCAUACAAAGUUAGACACAUAGUAUGAAUACAAUCAUGUAUUUUAAAAGCAUAGAAAUAUGUCUGGAAGGAAUUACCAGAAACUGUCAACACAGUUUGCCUCCCAGGAGGGGAAUUGGGGGCCAGGGGAGGGGAUGGAAGAAAGGCUUUUUAUUCUUAUGCCCUUUUGUAUGUUUUUGAUUUUGAACUGUGCAAAUUUAUUACUUAUUCAUAAGUCAGUCAAAUAUGUAAUAAAAUGCAGAUCUGAAAAAGAAAAGGCCUGGGCACAAAGAGGCUCUGGACAUACCCUCAGAGGUUAAGAGCACUGAUUUGGGUGGUGGGCCAUGCAGGGUGCUCCCUUUUCUACCCAGAGGAAAAGCUGGCCCCAGGCCCAGGUAAACCAGAACACCAGGCUUGCAAACUGGAGCAGAUAUUGAUGCUCAGAAAAGACAUACCUGCCUUAAAAUAUCUCUCCAUAGUGUCUGAAAUUCCAGCCCAUGCCUUUCCCUGAAGUACAGCUUCUCUAAAGUCCUCUUGAAAUUAUUAAGGUGUAUUGGGGGGAUGCUACCAUUUUAUCAUGAGAACUGAAUUGAAAUCAGAAGACACAUUGUAAGAAAGCUUUUGUUGUGGGAAAUAUCUUACUUUCUUCUUGCUUUUGAGUGUUUUCUAAAUUUCCCUUAAAAGCAUACUUCUUGGACUUCCCUGGUGGCACAGUGGUUAAGAAUCCGCCUGCCAGUGCAGGGGACAUGGGUUCGAUCCGUGGUCUGGGAAGAUCACACAUGCCGCGGAGCAACUAAGCUCGUGAGCCACAGCUACUG